AUGGUGGCACACCGUGCCGAGAAGACUUUCUCCGGCGGUCCUUCUGCGGCACUGGAUGUGUCGCGUCGUACCGCUCGACCAGACCCACGCUGGGGCCACCGCGAGAGUCCUCCAAUCGAGGUAAACGAGGAGGGAAAACGCUCUCCAAACUAUCGUGGGGAAGCGUGUCUUCCCGAGAGCUUCUUUGAUCGCGUAACGCAAGCGUUACGCGGCGAUAUCGAACUUGAGCGGGACAGGCGUCUCCAACUGGCGGACACUGUCUCGAAGCAUCGAGCUGAGUUUGCCUUUGCUCAGCUUGAGAGCGAGAGAGCUCUGACAUCUCCGCCUAACGAGCUAAGGGUAGCUCGUGUGGACGUUGACCGGUCUCGGGCUGAGAUAACCGCUCUUCAGACCCUUGUCGAUGCCCACCAUCGGGAGCACAAGGCCCUCUGUGAGAUGCUUAAACGCAAGGGCGUUCUUAAUCGGAAGAAACAGCGUACUGGAUGGUACGGCUUAAGCCGACCAACGUAA